AUGCUUACUGAAAAAAAAACAUUCUUUUCUUCACUCUCCGGUUAUUAUGCUUUGGCUGAAUUGCAUACGUUUUACACGUGUUCUCAAGCAGAUUUAAAUUCAGUUCUUACAAUAUUCACUGCAUAUCGAGCUGGUCUUACUAAACAUUCAUUGCCCAUUGACAAUAGUGGUGUUGCUGCUUCAUUUAGUUAUAGUGAGAAAGGUUCAAGAAAUCCAGAAAAACCGAGUAUUGUAUUUGUUCAUGGACUUUCUUCUAAUAAAGAAACAUGGAUACCGAUUAUCAAAAAUAUUUCAGGUGAUUAUCAUUGUAUCACUGUUGAUCUACCUGGACAUGGAGAAACGAUUGGCUUCCAAGAAGAUAUGUAUACGAUUGAUAAGUUUGUAGAGAAACUUAAAUUGUUCUUUGACGCAAUGGAUCUGACCGAACCGAUGUGCAUUAUUGGUGCAUCGAUGGGUGGCGCGGUCGUUUGCAUGUUUGCCAUAAAAUAUCCCGAAUAUGUAAGCAUGAUUUGCUUAUUAGCCCCUAUAGAUAAAUAUAAUGAUGUUGAACCAAUAUCAACAGAUUUAUCAAGUGAACAAGUUUUAAAUCCAUUUCAAUGUUCAUAUCGAUGUCGCGUACUUUAUCAUUAUCCACCUGAAGUUCCAAAUAAUACAUUUGAUGAAGAUACUAUUAGUCGAUUAUCAAUGCCUGAUGGUGUUUCGAUUCGACAAAAUUCAUCUGAUCCAUCAACAACACAUCCAUUUUUGAUAGCACGUCUUGAUGGUACACGUUAUUAUGCUGUUGCAUUAACAUUUUCUGAACAAAUAAAUAAUGAUGAUGAAAGUUUAACUGAAUCAUUAUCAACAUCAUCUUCGUCUUCUUCAACCACAAUCAAUUGA